AUGAGUUCCGCGUUACCACGAAACUAUUAUCUUUUGACUCACGAUGCGUUGCGUUUAAUUGCAGGAAAUGAGGCGGAGCUAUCUGCCUUUGUAAAAGAUCGGAAGGCUUUUCAGUGCGACAUGCUAAUAAACUCUGCGAUGACAGAUCCCUUGCUAGCUGAAACUAAUUCUAACUAUGUGAACGAGUUUUCCUCGAUGCUGCAGAAGAAGAUGGUUCAAUGCAGCUUACUUCCGCUUGAGCGUCGCAUCGAGAUCACAUUUCCAAAUCAGGAAGUGCUACACCUGGCUCUCGGAGCCCCGAGAAAAUGGCUUAACGGGAUUCAAUCACCUGAAGAAAUUAAUCAGGAACCUGACUGGCGGCUUCGAAACCGCUUACGCAUUUCUCUUGGUUUCGACGAGGCUCUCUUCACAAGAUUUUGCCCCUCUAUGGUAAACAUUGCAGCCCGCUAUAUGGAAAACUGGACAUACCAAUUAUAUAUGAAUAACAAAUAUUUGCUGCAUUCAUACAAACCAGAAAUUACCAGCAAGCUAGAUAUCGACUCAUCCGCUGUGCUUCCUCCCGUUUCGUACUGGCAGGCACACGGCUACGUACUGCUGCAAAACUACCCGCUCGAGAACUUCAGGGAUGUGUAUUAUACCGUGCGCCAUAACUUUGCAAAAUAUUACAAAAUUUACCCAUUUAAUAACCCCUACUGCGAAGGUGAGGAUCUGAAUACCAUGAAAGUUGCUAUGGAUCUCUGCAAUCUGUUGUCUUCGCAACCUUUUACAACCGAUGAGGUCGAGCGGGAGCUCAACCUGAGUAUGUCACCAUAUCCUGGGAAGGACCAGUCUUAG